AAAUUCUUUCAAAGUCUAACUAUCCAACAAUUGCUGAUUUAUGCCUUAUUAUUUCAGAUUUAUUCAAUCAUCUUAAUACCUUUAAUAGUGACUAUCAAGAUAUAAAUGCAGUAGUAUCUAAAAUUAGAGAAAAAUUAGAUGAAUACUGGCCAAUUAUGCAAGAAGUGA